GUAAAUCACCGUACUUUCACGUUUGAACUGAACUUACCCGACCGCUAGGGCUGGUACUGCGCGACCUUAAAACAACGGUGCGCGAUUUUAAGGGGAUAACGACAGAAGCGGAAACCGGUCGCUUUGCCGCCUUUGAAAAUGAAUUGAAAAAAAAACAGUCUAGACGGCGGUGGUUCAGAAGCCAUCGGCUAAUGGAUUCAAACCAUUCCAGCUCAUAGUUCUCGCUGCUGAUCUUUACCUCGAAAUAUGUCGAAUGGCAGUUACUCCCCAACUACUACUGGCUCUCGAUCUGUCCUUCACAGUCCCAAUGACGUGUUUGCGGAGACCUCAAACACAAAUUUCUAUCCUGAUCAGUCUCAUCCCCCAGUCCCUAACGGUGGAUUGGUCGAAGAAGCAUAUCAGAAAGGUAUGGUUACUGUUGCCUGACACUUAAAACUAGCCUCCUAUGAUAUACCGAAUACAAGUCCACCUCAAGGAGAACACAAUGAACGUCCUCAGUUGUACAGAAAAUUGGACAGCAUAAAGAACUGGAGUGUGAAUACAUUCAAAUGUACCAAACAAAUUAUCGAGGAGAAAAUUGGUGCCGCAACCCCCACUUGUGACGAGAAGCUUGAUUUACGUAUUGAAACCCUCAGACAAAUGCAGAGGCAGUAUCGGACUUUGCUUGACGAUGCCCGACGGUUUUCUCUGAGUAUUGCCAAGACUGUUCAAAUACAACGGGAAUUUGCCGGCCACUUAGCUCAUGUGGGACAACAGCAGCCAGAACUGACGGGUGAAUUCGCGUGUAACGCGGAGCUUCAGAAGGCUGCCACAACCAAUGGCGAAAAGCUUCUAUGCGUAUUCGAAGCUUUCUGCGGCGGUUUAAAUACCUUGGUCAAUCAAACUUUUGAAGAUACCAUGCUAACUAUUCGCAACAUGAACGUUGCACGUGUUGAGUUCGAUGCCUACCGUAAGGAAGCAGAGUCCAUACGAGUAACGUCGAAGAAAUCGAACCAAAGUGAUGCUGUCAUUCAGCGACGCUUGGAUGAAGCCGUAACUCGAUUCCAAAUCUCGGAAGAAAAUUUUUUAGAUAUGAAGGCAGCAGUUGACGUAAAAAUCCGUUUGCUGCAUGAAAACCGCGUACGCGUGAUGCAACACAAUCUGUCGCUGCUAAACAAUGCAAUGAGUGCCUAUUUUUCCGGAGACGUCGACAAACUGGAUCUCACUUUGAGACAGUUCAACGUCAAAAUCAUGUCGCCACACACCGUAACUAGCCGGUGGUCCAAAAAGCAACCCAAUCGAUCUGAUUCACUCGACCAUCCAUCCCAGCCAAUUAGCGCACCAAAGUCCCCUGCAAAAAAUGCGGAUUUAUCGGGCAUUUCGAAUGGUUCACGCUCUACUCUGCACUAAAUGAAACGCCCAAUUGUCUUUCGCGCUUCACUGUCAGACUAAAUAAUAUGCCUGGCUGUGUCCGAGCGUAACUCGUAUGUUUCCCAUCAAUGGACUGAUUUUCUACCCGGUUCCUUUUCCCUACCUGACAGUGUUAUCAAGUUUUCUCUUGUUCUUCCGGUUUCACUUUUUCCUGUUCGAAAUUGUUCAUAAUUUCAACGGUUCCGCGUAACCACACAAUGGGAC